GGUUUGCUUACCGCUCUCCGCAAAGACUCUAGGAAGAGCAGUACAGUGGCUCUUCGCGGCCAGGCAGAAUGUAUUCGAGAUGCCUGCAAGAAACUUUUCCACGAAGGCGCUGAUGCCGGACGAUGAAAACCAGCUCCCGAAACCUCAAUCUUCCAAAUCCUCCAAGACGGGGGAGUCAGGGAAGCAUUUUGUUCUUCUUGACUCUUCUGGAAUCAUCUUCCGUUCCUUCUACGGUGUCACUGCCCUCUCUCGUUCAGACGGUCAACCGACCAACGCCGUCUUUGGCUUCUGUCGGAUGCUUCAGCAUGUUACUAUGAAGAUGUUUCCAAAUGCUCAGAUCAUCGCCGUCUUUGACCAUCCCGAAGCCUCAUUUCGCUCUACCAUCUGGCCUUCUUACAAGGGGAACAGGCCGGAGGUCCCACAGGAGCUCAAAUCCCAAUUUGAUAUUGUGAAGGAAGCGGCUAUUUCAUUUGAUAUACCUGUCGUUGAAGUUGAAGGGUUCGAGGCUGAUGACAUCAUCGCCACGCUUGCAGCGCGUCUUGCAGAUCUCAGCCAUGAUGUGACGGUUGUCUCAAGCGACAAGGACCUCUAUCAACUGGUCACGGAUAAGGUGGGUAUCUGGGAUCCUUUCAAGAAGAUUCGAAUCGACCGAGAAGGAGUGAUACAGAAAUUUGGAGUUCCUCCCGACAAAGUCGUCGACGUCCAGUCGCUAGCAGGCGACGCCACGGACAACAUUCCCGGCAUUCCAGGGAUUGGAAUUAAGACGGCUGCAAAACUUGUGAACGAGUUUGGCAGCUUAGAUGCCAUCCUUGAGCGAGUUUUCAUAGCAUCAGAGAUCAAGCAGGAGAAGCGAAAGGAAGCGAUCCUAUCAAAUGCUGAGUCGUUGGGGCUCAAAAGACGACAGGCUGCUCGAGUGGGACGUGAGCUGGUCUCACUACGAAAGGAUGUGCCGAUCGAAGAUUUCCAAGAUCUGUUGAAGAAGCAGAAUGCAGAAGUUUCACGGAUCGAAGAGUUUUUGAAAUCGCAAGGGUUUGCAUCUCUUAUGAACAAGAAUGCGAAGAAGACGCGAGAGGUCUCAGUCGAGACCUCGGAGGUGUCAGAGACUUCGGAGUUGAGCGUCGAAGAAUCUGCAGAAGAGCCGGAUGCAGACGUGCAAGACCUCACAGGCUCGUACGAACUCUUGACGGAGAUAGAACAGUUCGAUCUCUGGAUCGAAGAGGCUAAGAGGACUGGAAGGAUUGCGGUCGAAUUCCUCCUCUCCUCCCCCAACUCGCAGGUUGCGAAUGUCACAGGCAUUGCCAUGGCCGUGCAGAAAGGGCAAGCGGCGUACAUUCCGAUAGGCCAUGAUGACACGCAAGAUUUCCAAGAUGCCUUUCAGUGCCUCGAGUUGGAAGAUGUCUUGCAGAAGUUGAGCUCUAUGUUCAGCGACCCGUCUAUCCUCAAGAUAACCUCGAACGCGAAAUCAAUCGUCUCCGUCCUGCAGGUAGGAUCAAUUUGCGGGAUCAGAUUCGCCUGCGGGACUGGUGGAGCUGAUGACAAGCAUCUCCGUGCUCGCAUCCCUGAGCUGCGUCAAAUCUUACAGGCGGCUGGAGUGACGAAGAGGACGAAGAUCAAGCUUGAGUCCACUGCCCCUGCUCUCGCCGUGAAGCAUGCUGGAGCUAUCGCCGAUGCUGUCUUUCGGCUCCAUGGCGUGCUGCAGCCUCGCCUAGCAAGGGAAAGAGUGUCUUCCCCCUACGAGCUCAUGGAACGUCCGCUGGUGCCGGUGCUGGCGAGGAUGGAAGCAUGUGGAGUACUCGUGGACAGGCAGCGGCUGGAAAAUCUCUCGCAAGAGUACGCAAGAAGAGUCUCGUCCUUGGAGGACCGCAUCUACCGCCUGGCCAAGAGGAAGUUUCUGAUCGCCUCCCCGAAGCAGCUGGCGCAGGUGUUCUUCCAAGAGCUGAAGCUGCCGAGGCCCGAGAAAAAAGGCAAGUCUGGAGACUUCAGCACGAGCAGCGAGGUGUUGGAGGAGUUGGCAAAGCGCGGUCACGAGAUCGCGACCUUCGUGAACGAGUGGAGGUACCUCACGAAGCUCAAGUCGACCUAUACAGACGGCCUGAUGCGAUCCAUCCACCCUCACUCCGGCCGCGUCCACACCUCCUUCUGCAUGGCUGCGACAGCAACGGGAAGGUUGUCGUCGGUGGACCCAAACCUGCAGAACAUUCCCAACACCGGGGAGGGGAAAACAUUGAGAGAGGCGUUCGUGGCAGCGCCAGGAUGGACGCUACUCUCGGCGGACUACUCGCAGAUCGAGCUUCGGCUGCUUGCCCACAUGGCGGAAGUUGACACUUUGCGGGAAGCGUUUCACAACAACAUCGACGUCCAUCGUCUCACGGCCUCACAGGUCUUCGGGAUUCCACAAAAGUCCAUCACUGACGAGCUCCGGCGGCGAGCCAAGGCGAUCAACUUCGGCAUCAUCUACGGUCAGAGCGCGUUCGGUCUCAGCAAGCAGUUGGACAUCAGCGUGAAGGAUGCCAAGACCUACAUCGAUUCGUACUUCAAGCAGUACCCGGGGAUCGCGAACUACAUGAGCUCGAUGAAGGAAGUCGCCAAGGCCAAGGGAUACGUGGAGACUCUCUUCGGGAGGCGGUGCCACAUCGCCAACAUCAACACCAGGGGCUCUGCUGGGAACUAUGCUGGUCGUCAGGCCAUCAACGCGCCGAUCCAGGCAACUCAUGUUGCUGAUGCUAGUGGAACUGCCGCAGACAUCAUCAAGCGCGCGAUGCUGCGGAUAGAGAAGGAGCUCGAAGAGGAAGGCGUGCAGGCGCGAAUGCUCCUGCAGGUACACGACGAGCUGGUGUUCGAAGUGCGAGAGGGGGACGAGGAGCGAGCAGGGAAGGUCGUCAAGCGCGUCAUGGAGGGCGCAUGCUCGCCCGCCCACGAACUUUCGGUGCCGCUGGUGGUGGACAUCGGGUUCGGGAAGAGCUGGGGGUUCACGUCCUCCCUUGCCACCGCUGUGACUUCUGUCUCCAUCUCCUCCUUCACGCAAGCUCGAAUGAACUCACACGCUCGCUCGCUCAUGUACCUUCCCCAGCGUCAGCUGAGAGGAGAGGACAGGCACAAGUCACUGGUCAGCGUCCAUGGUGUUGAGAGCGACAGAGACGGCCUGUAUCCCCGCCUCUCGGAGAUCCGGGACUAUGUUCCGAGCAUGCACCACAUUCCCCAGCCCUUGACUAGCGUCAGAAGCACCUCCGACGGCUCGGGCACUUGGCCAGGAGGAAGAGGUCUGAGUCGAGACUGGAGCGAGAAGGAGGCUCCGCGAGACGCCAUGAGCGAGCAGCUGUUCGCCUCGUCCAGCAAGCCAACAUACAGCCGCCGACCGAUGCUGUACACCACUGACAUUGUGUGGUUCCGUGUACAGUACAAAGAACGUGAUCAAGAGCCUCUCCGACCAAGGGAGACACGGGGAGGCGCUCAAUUGACGAGCGGGCGCAGACACGCACAGGAGGCGAACGCGCGUCAGGCUCCUCGCGCGGAGAUGCUGGUGAUGGAGGGCGAUGCUUGCAAGGCGCUGAGAAACUUCACUUGUGCGAAGCUGGCAUAUUCCAAGGCUCUGCGGGUGAACCCCAACAGCUUCAGCGCGCAUUUUCAACUUGCAGUGGCGCAUCGCGACCUUAUGGAAGAUGUGCCAGCGUUGCGUCACUUUGAACGAGCAGCAGAAAUCGAUCCGUCCAGUUCUGCGGUCGUGAACGCACUGGCCGUUGUUAGAGGAGACACAUGCAAGUGGGGAGAGCCUGACUUUUCAGUCCCGUCCCCUUCCAACCUCCUGAGUCUCUUUGCUACCCGAGACAUCGACGAGAAAGCAAGUCCGAUCCACCCUCUCCUCCUUGCGUGA